AUGCGACAUCUUUGCUGUGACUGUUGUUGUGUUUAGGAUUGUACACUCUCCUCUUUAAUCUCUCUACUACAGCCAUAAAUUGUGCCGAUGUAGGGCUACGCUGUUAAGCUGUAUGGUCUUUUGACUUGACAAGCUCUUGAUCAUGUCAUCAUCACGUAAUGUUCACCACUCCCACCUUAAGCCUUCCCAAGGCGGGAAGGCCAUACUGGACCUGGAUGACUUACAGGCCAUGACUGACCAUAAGGCUAAGACCGUCCUCAAGGAGGCAGUGGACGCAGUGGUCAACAGCUUCGCUAAGCACACACAUGGCUAUGGCAGAGUGAAUGUAGUAGAAGCUCUGCAGGAGUUCUGGCAGAUGAAGCAGGCCAGAGGAGCAGAUCUGAAGAAUGGGGCACUGGUGGUGUAUGAAUCUCAACCCUCUGCAUCACAGCCAUACAUAUGUUUUGUUACAUUACCUGGUGGGAGCUGUUUUGGGAGUUUUCAGAACUGUCCUACUAAAGCUGAGGCUAGAAGGAGUGCAGCAAAGAUUGCUUUGAUGAAUUCAGUAUUCAAUGAACAUCCCUCUAGGAGAAUUACAGAUGACUUUGUUGAAAAGGCCAUUGGGGAAGCCAUGGCAUCCUUUAAAGGCAAGAUGGAUGAAGCAGACAACCCUGCUACAGGAAUAGGUGCCUUUAGAUUCAUGCUAGAAUCCAAUAGAGGGCGUACCAUGCUGGAGUUUCAAGAACUGAUGACUGUAUUCCAACUGCUGCACUGGAAUGGCAGCCUAAAAGCCAUGAGGGACAGAAAUUGUUCCCGUCAAGAAGUUCUGGCUCAUUACUCCCAUAGGGCUCUUGAUGAUGAUAUGCGCUCACAGAUGGCACUGGAUUGGAUCUCUCGAGAACAAGAGGAGCCUGGAAUCAUUUCUCACCAGCUGGAGUUGGCAGAAAGGGAGCUGGAGAGUGCUAGAUUAGCUGGAAGGGAACUCAGGUUCCCCAAAGAGAAAAGAGACAUCUUGUUGCUGGCUCUGAGUCAGAUUGGGCCACAAGAAAGCAUUGCUUAAGUCCAUUUGAGGAAAACACCAUUUACUGUUAAAAGGGAUCAUGAUUCAUAGGCUUUGCCUUGAAAUACCAGAUAAAUUUUUAGAGGUGGGGAUUUGAUAUUUAUCCUCCAUAUUACAAGUGUUAAAUUUAAAUUAUGGCUUUUUCCUUUUAUUUGAUUUUAAAACAAUACAUUUCUCCAGGAAAUCCCAAAAUAAGUUACGGUGCCAAAUUUAAAUGGUCUUCUUUGUCAAAAUACACCUGCUUUAAUAUUUUUAAGAAUACGCAAUACUCUUUAUCCAAUUAUUUCCCUGGUUUUCUUUUAUUCAUUUAUCUGUCUUACUAGUCUGCUCUAUAUUUUACUUUUCAUAUCUCAGUGGAAGAUAAAGGCAAUGCUUAUAUACAGGGUGACAAGUUUGAUUUAUCAUUUUGUAUAAUAUAUUGUACCUGUGUAAGAUGGCACAAACCCAACAUUUUAUUUGCAUGUGGUAAGCUUUACUUUCACUGACAAUGGAUGCGCAUUUGAGAGAUUAUAUUUGUAUCUUAUUAUAUUUUUAGUCUUUAAUUUGAAGCUUGAAAUGUAUCACAUUCAUCAUGUGAAGAGGAAAACAGUAUCAUUGCUUUUAUGAUGAUUGAUAUUUUCUCUCUCUCUGUGUGUAUGCAGUUAUGGCAUAAAGAUAUGCUUUAUAAAAAAUACUUAACUUUAAAUAUCCAGAUGUGGUUUUAAUGAAGAGCUCUCAGAUAACGGCAUUCUACUACAAGUGUUAGAUUAUACUAUAUUAUGGUAAAUUUUCUUUCAAGCUACAUCUGAAUAUGGAUAUAUUUAAAUCAUUCUUUACAUUAGUUUUGUUCACAUUACUGAACAGUUCGUUUAUAAGUAUGAGUAAAGUGUCAAUAUCCUGUUUGUAUGAUAAUAUUAAUAUAUCCAUAUAUAUCUGCUUGAAUACAUUUAAUGCUUGAGGAUGCCUUAUUGCAAAGAAUGAUACAAUUUUGUUUGGGUAGGUGGAAGAUAAAAUUACACAUUGUAAAAUGGAAAAUUUUUCCACGUUUAGAAUAUAUUUUAAUGUCAAAUGAUUGUUAAUGAUCAUUUAUGCAUAUGAUUUAAGAUAUUUUAAAGUUGUUCUUCAAAAAUAAUUUGAGUUUAAGGGCAAAUUUUUUUUUCUGAUGUUGGAUGUACAUACUAGAAAAAUAAAAACAUUUAUCACAAUAUAUCGUAUAUAAAAGUUGUAGAAAGCCUAUAAGAACAUUUCAAUUAUCAUGCUCAUUCAUAUAUUUUACGUCUUCAUCUUAUUUAUAGCCUUCUAGAUUACAACUCUAUUUACUAUGAAAGAUAAAAGAAUAAAUAUAUUAUUGAAAAAUU